GCCACGCGGCUCGCACCACGCCAGGCGGCUGAUUAGUGCCGCUGGCCUCUCCAGAUGGGGAGCCCGGCCUGAGAGGGGCGCCUGCCACCACGCCAGGGGGAGGCCUCGCCAGAGCUGGAGGCCCCAGAUUGGAUCUGCGUCUAACGGGAUGGCGAUGCCCCGGGGAUAGUCCCCGCUAGCAUGCGUCACCUCUAGACACAUCCACCAGACACGUUUGCUCCCCGGUCUGCCUGACCUGUUGCUUAGGGACACGUCCCACUGCUUCCCCUGACGUCUGCCUGAUCAACCAUCGCUUCCUUAGAGAAUAAGGAAGGAGGCAGACACAGGAAAUCAUGCCACCGACAGCCCAACGACAAUGAGUGAGUGACGCUGAGUUGACGUCAAAGGCAGAGAAGACCAAGACCAAGAGCAGCUCCCUCUCCAGACUCCCCUUGGCCCCUGCAGCGCCAGCCCCCGGCUCCUCCUCUCGUCACGGCCAGAAGCCUGGCUGCUCCCGGCGAAAUCGUCUCGGCUUGACACAUUUUGAGGUCUUCCGACCCUUGGACACUAGACACCAUGGAGAAUCACAUGUUCAGCGUUAAGCAGAUCCAACCCAAUGUCAUUUCUGUCCGCCUCUUCAAGCGCAAAGUGGGGGGCCUGGGGUUCCUGGUGAAGGAGAGGGUGAGCAAGCCACCUGUGAUCAUCUCCGACCUGAUUCGAGGGGGCGCCGCGGAGCAGAGCGGCCUCAUCCAGGCUGGGGACAUCAUUCUCGCCGUCAACGGCCAGCCCUUGGUGGACCUGAGCUAUGACAGCGCCCUGGAGGUGCUCAGAGGUAUUGCCUCCGAGACCCAUGUGGUCCUCAUUCUGAGGGGUCCCGAGGGCUUCACCACGCACCUGGAGACCACUUUCACUGGGGACGGGACCCCCAAGACCAUCCGGGUGACACGGCCCCUGGGUCCCCCAACCACAGCCGUCGAUCUGUCCCACCAGUCAUCAGCCAGCAAAGAGCAGACCCUGGCAGUGGACGGAGCCACGGGUCCUGGCAAUGGGCCGCAGCACGUGCCAGACCAGGGGCAGGAAGCUGGCUCGCUCUCCCACACCAAUGGCCUGGCUCCCAGGCCCCCAAGCCAGGACCCUGCCAAGAAAAGUUCUGGGGAGAACAAUAAACUGCUCAAAGAGAUAGAGCCUGUGCUGAAUCUUCUCACCAGUGGGGGCAAAGGGGUCAACGGAGGGGGACCUGCCAAAGCGGAGACAAAGGACGCAGAAAUCCAGGUGAACAGAGAUCUGGAUGGCAAAUCACACAGACCGCUGCCCCUCGGUGUGGAGAACGACCGAGUCUUCAAUGACCUAUGGGGGAAGGGUAACAUGCCAGUUGUCCUCAACAACCCGUAUUCAGAGAAGGAGCAGCCCCCUGCCUCGGGAAAACAGUCUCCCAUAAAGAAUGGCAGCCCCUCCAAGUGCCCUCGCUUCCUCAAGGUCAAGAACUGGGAGACCGACGUGGUUCUCUCUGACACCCUCCACCUUAAGAGCACGUUGGGUACGGGAUGCACCGAGCACAUCUGUAUGGGGUCCAUCAUGCUUCCUUCUCAGCAAAUACGAAGGCCUGAAGACGUCCGCACAAAAGAACAGCUCUUACCUCUUGCCAAAGAGUUUAUUGAUCAGUACUACUCGUCAAUUAAAAGAUUUGGCUCCAAAGCCCAUAUGGAGAGGCUGGAAGAGGUGAACAGAGAGACUGAAAGCACCAGCACCUACCAGCUCAGGGACACAGAGCUCAUCUACGGGGCCAAGCACGCCUGGAGGAAUGCCUCCCGCUGCGUCGGCCGGAUCCAGUGGUCCAAACUGCAGGUGUUCGAUGCCCGCGACUGUACCACGGCUCACGGGAUGUUCAACUACAUCUGUAACCAUAUCAAGUAUGCCACCAACAAAGGGAACCUCAGAUCUGCCAUCACCAUAUUUCCCCAGAGGACCGACGGCAAGCAUGACUUUCGAGUCUGGAACUCCCAGCUCAUCCGCUAUGCUGGCUACAAGCAGCCUGACGGCUCCAUCCUGGGGGAUCCAGCCAGCGUGGAGUUCACAGAGAUCUGCAUCCAGCAGGGCUGGAAACCCCCAAGAAGCCGCUUCGAUGUCCUGCCACUCCUGCUCCAGGCCAACGGCAAUGACCCUGAGCUCUUCCAGAUUCCUCCAGAGCUGGUGCUGGAAGUGCCCAUCAGGCACCCCAAGUUUGAGUGGUUCAAGGACCUUGGGCUGAAGUGGUACGGCCUCCCCGCUGUGUCAAGCAUGCUCCUGGAGAUCGGCGGCCUGGAGUUCAGCGCCUGUCCCUUCAGCGGCUGGUACAUGGGCACAGAGAUUGGCGUCCGCGACUACUGUGACAGCUCCCGAUACAACAUCCUGGAGGAAGUGGCCAAGAAGAUGAACUUGGACAUGAGGAAGACAUCCUCCCUGUGGAAGGACCAGGCACUGGUGGAGAUCAACAUUGCGGUGCUGUACAGCUUCCAGAGUGACAAAGUGACCAUCGUUGACCACCACUCUGCCACUGAGUCCUUCAUUAAGCACAUGGAGAAUGAAUACCGCUGCCGGGGAGGCUGCCCUGCUGACUGGGUGUGGAUCGUGCCCCCCAUGUCUGGCAGCAUCACCCCCGUCUUCCACCAAGAGAUGCUCAACUACCGACUCACCCCCUCCUUCGAAUACCAGCCUGACCCUUGGAACACCCACGUCUGGAAAGGUACCAACGGGACCCCCACAAAGCGGCGAGCCAUUGGCUUCAAGAAGCUGGCAGAAGCCGUCAAGUUCUCAGCCAAGCUGAUGGGACAGGCCAUGGCCAAGAGGGUCAAGGCUACCAUCCUGUACGCCACAGAGACGGGCAAAUCACAGGCCUAUGCCAAAACCCUGUGUGAGAUCUUCAAACAUGCCUUUGACGCCAAGGUGAUGUCCAUGGAAGAAUAUGACAUUGUACACCUGGAACAUGAAACUCUGGUCCUGGUGGUUACCAGCACCUUUGGAAAUGGAGACCCCCCUGAGAAUGGGGAGAAAUUUGGCUGCGCUUUGAUGGAAAUGAGGCACCCCAACUCUGUGCACGAGGAAAGGAAGAGCUACAAGGUUCGUUUCAACAGUGUUUCCUCCUACUCCGACUCCCGCAAAUCAUCGGGCGAUGGGCCGGAUCUCAGAGACAACUUUGAGAGCACGGGACCCCUGGCGAAUGUGAGGUUCUCCGUGUUCGGCCUUGGUUCGCGGGCGUACCCUCACUUCUGCGCCUUUGGACAUGCCGUGGACACCCUCCUGGAAGAGCUGGGUGGGGAGAGGAUCCUGAAGAUGAGGGAGGGGGAUGAGCUCUGUGGGCAGGAAGAGGCUUUCAGGACCUGGGCCAAGAAGGUCUUCAAGGCAGCCUGUGAUGUGUUCUGCGUGGGAGAUGAUGUCAACAUUGAGAAGGCAAACAACUCCCUCAUCAGCAAUGACCGCAGUUGGAAGAGGAACAAGUUCCGCCUCACCUACAUGGCCGAAGCUCCAGAACUCACACAAGGUCUAUCCAAUGUCCACAAAAAGCGGGUCUCAGCCGCUCGACUCCUAAGCCGUCAAAACCUUCAGAGUCCUAAAUCCAGCCGAUCAACCAUCUUUGUGCGUCUCCACACCAACGGGAAUCAGGAGCUCCAGUACCAGCCUGGGGACCACCUGGGCGUCUUCCCCGGCAACCACGAGGACCUCGUGAAUGCCCUGAUUGAGCGGCUGGAGGACGCACCCCCGGUCAACCAGCUGGUGAAGGUGGAGCUGCUAGAGGAGCGAAACACGGCUUUGGGGGUUAUCAGUAACUGGACCGAUGAGCAUCGCCUCCCACCCUGCACCAUCUUCCAGGCCUUCAGGUACUACCUGGAUAUCACCACGCCUCCAACGCCACUGCAGCUGCAGCAGUUUGCCUCCUUGGCCACCAGUGAGAAAGAGAAGCAGCGUCUGCUGGUCCUCAGCAAGGGUUUGCAGGAGUAUGAGGAAUGGAAAUGGGGCAGGAACCCGAACAUCGUGGAGGUGCUGGAGGAGUUCCCAUCCAUCCAGAUGCCCUCCACCCUGCUCCUGACCCAGCUGUCUCUGCUGCAACCUCGCUACUAUUCCAUCAGCUCCUCCCCCGACAUGUACCCCGACGAGGUGCACCUCACCGUGGCCAUUGUCUCCUACCGCACCCGAGAUGGAGAAGGACCAAUUCACCAUGGCGUGUGCUCCUCCUGGCUCAACCGGAUCCAGGCUGACGAAGUGGUGCCCUGUUUCGUGAGAGGAGCGCCCAGCUUCCACCUGCCCCGAAAUCCCCAAGUGCCCUGUAUCCUGGUUGGCCCGGGCACAGGCAUUGCCCCUUUCCGAAGCUUCUGGCAGCAACGGCAAUUUGAUAUCCAACACAAAGGAAUGAGUCCCUCCCCCAUGGUCUUGGUCUUCGGGUGCCGGCAGUCCAAGAUAGACCACAUCUACAGGGAGGAGACCCUACAGGCCAAGAGCAAGGGGGUCUUCAGAGAACUGUACACAGCCUACUCCCGGGAGCCAGACAAACCAAAGAAGUACGUGCAGGACAUACUACAGGAGCAGCUGGCAGAACCCGUGUACCAAGCCCUGAAGGAGCAAGGGGGCCACAUUUACGUCUGCGGGGACGUCACCAUGGCGGCCGAUGUCCUCAAAGCCAUCCAGCGCAUCAUGACCCAGCAGGGGAAGCUCUCGGUGGAGGACGCCGGCGUGUUCAUCAGCAGGCUGAGGGAUGACAACCGGUACCAUGAGGAUAUUUUCGGGGUCACCCUGCGCACAUAUGAAGUGACCAACCGCCUUAGAUCUGAAUCCAUUGCCUUCAUUGAGGAGAGCAAAAAGGACACUGAUGAGUAAGGUUUUCAGCUCCUAACUGGACCCUCUUGCCCAGGUGGAUGGCACCCCACUGCACUCGGCCAGGAUGGCUGCAGGUUUUGUACACGGACACUGCUGAACCUUUCCUUCGGGCCCGCACGUGGCCCCUGCUCUGCCUCUUCCUGUCGCCGUGUCCUGGCCCUCCUCUCCUGGGUUCUCACCUCUCAGUGGUUUCGGCCCUCUUGGGUUUUCUCCUUGAGUUUUCCUGCUGCAGUGCAAUGCCUUCAUAAUCCGCAGUGGCUCUUACAAAUGUUUCCCUCUCUCUCUCUUUCUGACAAGGGCAAAUCACCGGUGCAUGAAACCACUGGAACAUGGCUGUGGCUUGUGUUAGGGUGUUUUCUGGGGUUUCCCUGGAGAGGCUGCAGGGACCAGACGGAAGAGUUUUUUGAGCUGGUCCCUCAGUCGUUCAAAUCCCCCUUGUCCUUUUUUAUGAUGGCGUUCUGGUCGUGCAUGUGUGAGCGUGUGUUGGGCCUGGGUCUCCCUCCGUCCUCUUGCCCAUGCAGGCAUGUCGCCUGCAGACCCUCAGUGCCAAGAAAUAUGCCCCGGCCCAUACUGGGGCCUCACACAUCCAUAAUUAAGGGUCUGUGCUAGCAUGCCUGAAACACUUGGAAGCAUCCUAAUUGUCCUGGUUAUAUAGGGUCAGGGCAUGGAGGUGGGGUGUGAUGAUCAAGGGGGAAAUCUCCAAUGAAAGGGGAAAUCACUGAAUUAGAUGCAUUUAGAUGCUGGCCCCAGUUAGCGGAGCCCUUACUGGGAAAUUAACCCAUCUAAUGGAUUGGGCAAACCUGCUCCCCAACCCCAUGCACCCCAGGAUCAAAUCAGGAUCGCCUGAUUUGGCACUCCCACCCACAAGACCAGAAGUAAUGUUGUCCAAGGGAAUGAGCUAGAAAUAAGAAUCUUACCGUCUUUGCCACUGGCUAACUUUGGACAACAUCACUGGUCCUUAGUUUCCACUAAUUGUAAUGUUAUGAAGCCAAAAAGUAUGAAUGGAUCAAACUUUAAAGUUGUGGAGAUUGAAAACGGUAUCAAGGAAGAAUAUCACUGUUAUUUUUUUAUUCCCCCAAAUGGGGCUUGCUGUUUCACCCCUGGGGAUAAAGUAAUGGAAGCCAGUGAAAGCACAUCAGGUUGGAGAGGGACUCCGUCAUGAGGUGUCUCACGGCUUCCUCUACAGGACCCCAGCCAGGGUGGGGAGUACCUGCCCUCAUGCUUUUGGUCUUCUAAAAGAGAUCCCCCCCAAUUUUUAACCUGAUAAGAUAAUUUUGACAAAUAAAUUAUCCUCAACUCAGAUCAAAAACAGGCAGGAAAGUCUUUGAUAGGAAUCAGGGCAGGUACAGUUUCUCCCAGGCACACCUGAGAUAGUUCAUCUUCUCAGAGGAAAUGGGGUGGCAGGGUCGCUUUCUACACUUAAGUGCUAAAAAUCAAUGGUGAGCAGCGCCCAGAGAGAGCCAAGAAGAUCCACUGACCCCCCAGGAACUGCCUUCCCAGUGUUGAAAGGCAAGCAAUCAGCCAGUUCUGAUCUUCCGUCUUGUUUCGUUUUGUCUUGUCCGAUGGAAAGACAGCUUUUUCUUUCUGUACAGCACAUGGGCAUUUCUUUCUUGAUGCUCAGUUUGGAGGCCUGCCAAAGGGAGAGAGCCCUGGCUCUCUCUGGAAGGGCCUUAGAUAGGGGGUGCCAAAGAGGUGUCCCCAGGAGGGGACAACCUUAGAGACUCUUAAAGACAAAGGGCAAACUCUAUGUCGCCUUUUUCCACCCUUCCCGGCAGCCCCCGCUGGUAUCGCAUCCCUGGCACUCGGAGUUUGCCUUCGUGCCAGUUAUGAUUUCCCUGCCUGCCUUUAAUCCUGUUUCCUCCUGCUCAGGCUUCCAUGGCACAGAGACCAAGCCCUUGGCAUGCUUGGCCGACCCUCUCUGACCAGGAGGGAAGCCCAUUCUAAACCCUUUCUUUCCUGCAAACAUGAUUCUGGCCAGUAGCUCUCCUCCCAGAGGCUUCCUUUCCAACCCUUUGAGCCUUUUGGAGAUACCUCCUAAGAUGUCACUAGCUCCCCAGGGACUGAACCACUGUGUCCAACCUCCAUCAUAGAGGAAUUAAUCAGUGCUCCUCUUUCCAAAUCAAGCUUUAGGCAUGAAUGCUUUUGCAUCGCCAAAUAAAUACUUACGAGCACUUAUUCCAUGCCAGGCUCCUUCUUCAUAUAGCCCUGCCCUUCUAGUAGCAGGCAGA